CCCAGCUCGCCCCGGCGGCUGGAGGGAGAUGCUCGCCCAGACCGCCGCUUCUGCGUGAGGAAGCACAAGGCAUCAUGGUGAGUAAGGAGCCCAGCAAAUGCUUACUCACCGCCUCGGACAGCGACGUCGAGCCCGCGGCUUCCCUGGCGCUGGAGAUGAAAUACGCGCUGGAUCCCAACCGGCAGAUCAAGAAACGGAACAAAGCCCUCCAGGUGAGGUUCAAGGAUAUCUGCGAGGCCCAGAACGAGCAGAGGGACAAGCAGCUCUCCACCUCCUCCACGCAGGACCCCGACAAGAGGGAGGCCAAGGCCAUCUCCUACAAGACGGCCUACCGCAAGUACAUGACGGUGCCUGCCCGCAGGUCCAUCCCCAACGUCACCAAGAGCACAGGAGUCCAGACUUCCCCUGAUCUCAAGAAGUGCUACCAGACCUUCCCUCUGGACAGGAAAAAAGGGAAUAUUCUGAAAAGCGCCUCGACCGUGGACACGUUACCGAGUGAGAACAACGGGUUCCUGAUCGAGGUGAAGGACAGGGAGGGCCGGGGCUCGGGCGAGGCCGCGGCGUGGGGCAGGAAGGCCGGCAGCCUGCAGACGGCCGAGUUCAUCUCCCACAUCUCCGAGCGCGCCGCGCACGACGACGGCGCCGAGGCCUGGAAAAGCAGCGAUUUGCACACUUCUCCCAAAGAGCCGCCUCCUCCUCUGCCCAACUUGGCCGAGCCCGGCGAGGAGGAGCCGGUGCGGCCGCCCGGCCGGGGCAGAGCGGUGGCGGCGCGGCUGGGGAGCGACGAGGCCGCCCAGCCCCUCCACGGGAGGGUCUUCAAGACUGAAGUGGCCACGGUUUACCUGCCGGCCUCACAGCCCGACCUGCCCGGCCUGGGCGACUGGGGGCCGUGCCCCGAGGAGGGCGAAAAGAGGACGGUGCAGCUGAACGGGGUGCAGCCCCCGGCCGGAGAUGCCCGAGUUUGUGCGGCGCGGGCGCAGUGCCCGGCGCCCGAAUGUAGUGACCAGAGCCUGCAGGUCAACGUGGCGCCCAUGGAGGAGAGCCAGCCCUGCCGGACGGCCGUGGCCGUGAGCCAGGAAUGCCAACAAAUCGUGCCUCACACCGAAGUUGUGGACUUGAAAGCGCAGCUUCAGAUGAUGGAGAACCUGAUCAGCUCUAGUCAGGAGACCAUCAAAGUGUUGUUGGGUGUUAUACAGGAGCUAGAGAAGGGAGAAGCUCACAGGGAAGGGCUUUCCUAUCGGACCGGUCAGGACACGGCCAAUUGUGACACAUGCAGGAACAGUGCAUGUAUUAUCUACAGCGUGGAAUUGGAUUUUAAACAGCAAGAAGAUAAACUACAGCCAGUUUUGAGAAAACUUCAUCCUAUUGAGGAAACUCAGGUUGCACCUUUGCCUUAUUCUCAGGAGAGCUACUCCUCUACUCCCAAGCAAAAAUCCAAAACUGAAUCAAAAAAGCAUGGAAGAUGGAAACUCUGGUUCCUUUAACCCAAGUCCAUUACGUGUGGAGUUCAAGGCCUUCUUUGACAAAUAUUUGGAGUUGUAUCCAUCACCUCUGACGGGAUCCUGGUGGAAGGAGGAGCGUCCUGGCCAGUUCUCACCGCGUGUACCAAAAAGGCCUUUGUACCGACGGACUCAUGCCCAGGAGCACGGGCUCAGGGAACCCCCUGCCCACGUCUGCUUGCAGUUUGCCAAUGUGGGAUGUAAAACCUGAAUGGAAAUCUGGACAAAGAUGGGAAGUAAAACUGUUCCCCCUCUCCCCCAGCCCCUGCUCAGAUCCGUAAGCGUCGCGCUCCUGUUAAAGUGUAGGCCGGCAUCCUGCUCCCACAGGAAUGGUGAAAGCCUUUUGGGGGUCUGGGUCGUUGUCUCCGGACAACAACGAGGGGGAAAAAUAACGAGCAAGCCUUAUGUGUGCAGUGGUGUUCAGUUUUACAGCUCCAUGUUGAUCGGGGAGUGCAGUUUUCAGCACAGAAUUCCUGGACAAAGCACAAUUUUUCCCGCGGCCCGAGGCCGCGCCGAUCUCCGAGAUGUGACUGUGGUGUAUUCUCUGCCUUCAUGCGAUGUAGACUCCAACCAAGCUCUUACAUUUCAACAUCAUUUCUGGUUUAGCUGUGUCCUCACCACCAGAAGAACCGCUCUGCUGCCCAGCCCCAGCGGGGGAGCGGCCAGAAAGCUCCCAAAAAUCAGGCCCAGCCUUUAAGCACCUCCAGCUCACAGGGUCCACGGGACAACCCCUCAGUGUCACCUUGGAAAAGUCUCAACCACACAGGAACAAAACCCCACCCCAAAACAGACCCAUCCCAACCCCCACUGUUGGCCUUUGCCAUGGGUUAAUAUUUUUUUUUGUAACAGUCUUUGGAAAAACCUCUCCACUAC